GCGUCCAUUUUUCGAAACCGCGCGCAUUACAAAAUGCUCGAAGUACUUGAGAUAAUUCUAGUAUCGGCAAUAUUGAAAUUAAUCAUGUCGUUUUAUGAGAAAAAUAACCUCAAUCAGAAAAAAAUAUAUUCUGAUGGAGUUAUGAUUCGUAUAUAAACAUUUGGUAUUUUUACACCACAAAGAAUAUUCACAAACUAGAUGACAAUACAUCGUGAACUUAUGUGAAAGUAAAGUGUAAAAAGUGCAAUGGAGAUGACAAAUCGACGAUUCUCCUUCUCUCUUAUCUGCUGGAAAUUGGCGGGUAAAUGCCAGCAUAACCUAUCAUGUAAAUAGUUGUUGAUAUAAUAUAUUGUCUGUGAAAAGUAUCGAAUAAUGUAUGACAUUAUCUGUGAUUCAGAAACGUUUAUGUGUAAAUGAUUUUUAUGAUAUUAAUAAAUAUUUUUACCAAGCUGCGCUCGUAUUGUGACGUAUAAAAAUAAACGUUGAAUAAGGUUAAGCGUUUUACAAUGGAACACGAGGACAGCGAUACUGAUCUAGAUAUUUUAAAUAAUCUUAUGUCAAAUGAUAUCGAGGAGAUUGAACAGCCUGAACAACCUGAGCAGUCUGAACAGCCAAAACUAUCUGAAACAAAGAGAACUUUGACAGAAUUGCAAUUUAGUUUUUUAGAUUCUGCACCUAGUAAUACAGACAAUGAAGAUAAACCAACUAAUGAGAAGGUCAUCAGUGAAAUUUAUGACGACAAGCUGGAUUCUUCAGAUGAUGAGGAUAAACGUUAUUUUGAGGAGCAAAAGUAUUCUAAUUAUGGACGUAAUAUAAAGCAGCUAUUGAAAGGACAUUCUGUGGCCAAACUUGAGCAGCCAAUAAAGCUAUCACAGAACAAUGAUAAGAUUUUUACGAAUAGUAACAACAAUAAGACUUUUAACUUUAACAAUGCUAUAAAAAGCAACAAAAAUGAUAUUUUAGUACCUAAAGACGUGUACAGUGAUCCUUUCUUUGGAAUAAGAAUCGUUAGCCCACUUGUAUCCUCAUCUGAAUUGAAAGAACGUAUGGAAGGCAAGAUAGCUGUUACAAUAUCCAGAGUAAAGAACCACAUCAUUUCGGAUAAUGUGCACAACGACUGGGUGAUCGCCGGGGUAUUAAUUAACAAAUCAGACACAAAGACCUCGCAGAAGGGUACAUCUUAUUGCAUCUGGAAGAUAAGCGACCUAUCUGACGAUCUGAAGACCGUGACCGUCUUCUUGUUCAGCAACGCAUACAAACAACUGUGGAAGACUAUCACCGGCAGCGUCAUAAGUAUCCUCAAUCCGAACGUGCUCGAGAGCAAGGAUAACGUCGAUCAGGCGACACUGUCGAUCGACAAUCCUCAGAAAAUGAUGAUUCUCGGCCGAUCUAAAGACAUGGGUAAAUGCAAAUCGGUGAAGAAGAAUGGCGAUGCGUGCACCGCGGUGGUGAAUAUCAGUCGAUGCGAGUACUGCAUCUACCACGUCAAGCAGGAAUACAAGAAAUGCUCACGACGUGCGGACCUGCUGUCGAGUAACAACGGUCACGGUUUCACUGGCGACGCGUUGAAACGCAUGAACAAGCAAAACAUGCGUCAACCUUACAACGGAAUGGCACCGUUCGUGCCGGUGUUUGCGAAACGUAAUGAGCAGUUGUACGAGAAAGACCGCGCGCGUCUGGAAAUGCUGGCUGGAGUAGCUUCAGGUAGCACUGCCAAGAAAGCAAAGGACGACCGUAAAUCUGAGGUCAACGCAGAUAUUAAGAAAAAGGGGAUAGCCGUCGAACUGACGAACAAGCAAUCCAAACUGGACCACGAGCGACUCAACAAAUUGAGAGGCUGGCAGGCACCGAAGCAGAUAAUGGUACAGUCAUCGACGAACGGGCCGGUUCUGUGCCCCAGUCCUUCUGUGCAACAGAAGGAAUGCAAUCCUACACCUACCAAAUCUAAAAUCAACUCAGUGGACAGGAAAAUCUCUCUAGCAUCUUUAUGUUCAAACCCGCGAUUGGGGAUGGGAUGUAAACAGGGUAUGAUAGAUUUUUCAGAACCGAUCACCAAGCAACAGAUCCGCAGCGCCAAGAUGAACGCGAUCAAGUGGGUGCAGGAUCACGGGAAGAUCACGGCGAAGGAUCCGAAUCAGGUUCGCGCGAGUUCGCAGGAGAAGCUCGAGAAGAGCGCGAAGCGUCAGCGGGAAGAUAACGAACGGGAGGAACGGAACACGAAGAGAACGAAGAUGAACGACAAAUUCAAGGAGUUAUUGGCGGUCAAGUCCUCGCACACGGACCUGAUCGAGAAAUCGUACGACGAGGAGAAGGAGAAGUACUUUGACAAGCUGGAGGCGAAGGAGCGAAUGGAGGAGAAAAUGAUGAACACCUUCAAGGUCAACUGCAAAGCCGUGACGUGUCUGACGUGCAAAUAUACGGCGUUCUCGGCGUCGGACAUGUGCAAAGAGAAGCGGCACUCGUUGCGCGUGGUCGACGCCGUUAAAAGGUUCUUCAAAUGCGCCGAUUGCGGCAACAGGACAGUCAGUUUGUACCGUAUGCCAUCGCACACCUGCGGUAAAUGCAACGGCUCUAGCUGGGCCAGGGCGGCGAUGAUGGACGAGAGGCGAACCGUUAUUGCCGCGGCGAGCCUCUCCAUACGCGGCGCCGAGGAACAGUUCAUAGGCUCGGCGGUGAAGAACGACAAUCUCAACCUCCUCGUUCCGGACGAGGAUUAGCGUAUCUGCUCACAAUGCAUCCGUUUCUCUUUAUUAGGAAUAUUUUUCCAUCGUGUCGGUGCUUUUUCUCGAACACCUUGAAGACAUGCAGACGCGCGAGAGACAAUGCAAAAAUUUAGAAAUUAGAGAUUCGAGAUUGACUGGGAUGCAAUCUGCGGUGCCUUUCUACUCCAUCGUACGCUCACGUGUGUGUCUGAUAUACAGGGGUUCUGACAACACAUAUAAAAUUCUCGUGUAUUUGUAGAUUAGCUCAAACUCAACAAAAAAUUCUCCAGCAUUUUAUAAACAACCGCAUAAGAUCUUGAGUUAUUGAUUAAAGAAGAUUGUAGUGAAUGAUAACACGCGACACCGUAAAUGAUCUAUGGUGACGUCUCUCAUCGUGUGCUUGACAGCAAGUCAAACUGAAUAGAAAAAUCCUUAUCAUUUUGCAAAUAACCACGUCGAUUUUUGGGUUAUUGAUUAAAGAAGAUUGGUGAACGAUCAUGCGUAAUUAUUCACAAAUCUUCUUUAAUUAAUAACUCAACAAUUUACACAGUUGUUUGCAGAAUAGUAAAGGACUUUUUCGAUUAAUUUGGCCUAAUCUAUACAUACACGAGAGUAUUAUAUGUUGUCAUCAGGUACACCGUACAUAGAGUAUUUGUGCAUAGAAUUUCUAAGAAUUCAAAUAGCGCUGGAAUGCGCCACAACAUCGACGCCAAAAUACGUCGCAUAGACUAUUAACAGAAUUAUUUUUAACACGAUUAUGUUAUGAUAUAGAAAUUCAAGGAUAACGGCGCAUCAUGAACUCAAAUACGUUGCGCAGUCAUUCGCGAGUCGAUACUCUGGAUCUAAUUAAUUAUAUAUUUAAUUAUCGUCAACUGAAAUUUUCUUUGAGAGAACUUUUCAUCGAUCGUGCAUAAGACUGUUACUUAACUCUUACGUAUCCUAUACAUGUUAAAAUCUAUAAACAAUCCUUUCAUUUAAUAUAUUUUUCUGUUUAUUGUCAGUAA